UGAAAAAUGGUGCAGAAGGAAGAGUCCCUCCAAAAACCUCUUGGUACACCUCACGAGCCACUGUCCCAAUUUUAACCGACGCCAAAAUCCUCAUCGCCUCCCUUGGCUUCAAUUUCAACAAUCAAUUUGAUUUGCAGCGACGAUUUCGUCAGAGAUUCACGCGGCGUAGGUUGCGUCGCCGCAUUGGACGGGGGAAUUCGAUCGGUUGUUGUUAUCUGAAUUCUGGCUCGGCAUCGGUGUCAGGAGUUUGGUGUUUGCUUUGUUUUUUGCCUUAUUCGUCGCUGUAGGUUUGGAUUAUUUGGGAAUGGAGUGCUGGGAGACGCCGGUCAGAGUGGACGAUGAAUUCGAGAAGUUCGUGAUUAGAAUGAACCCGCCGAGGGUUACUGUUGACAGUGCAUCUGACGAGAAGGUGACUCUGAUCAAGGUGGACAGUGCAAAUAAGAAAGGAAGCUUGUUGGAGGUUGUGCAAGUUCUUUCUGAUAUGAAUCUGAUAAUUAAGAAGGCUUAUAUUUCAUCAGAUGGUGGAUGGUUUAUGGAUGUUUUUCAUGUGACUGAUGAAUUUGGGAAUAAGGUGUAUGAGGACAAUAUCUCGGAUCGAAUUCAACAGUCAUUGGAACGUACGAUCAGAGGUCGCAGUUUUCGAUCCGUAGAACAAUCCGUCGGCGUGCAAUCAGCUGCCGAGUGUACAGCCAUUGAAUUAUCAGGCACAGAUCGUCCGGGGCUGCUCUCGGAGAUCUUUGCAAUUCUCACGGAUCUUAAAUGCAAUGUAGUUUCUGCCGAAGUAUGGACACACAAUUCAAGAAUGGCCGCGGUUGUAUACAUCACCGACGAGGCUACCGGACUGAUGAUUGAAGAUCCCGAUCGUCUCACCAACAUAAAAAGCCUCCUGCUUUUUGUUCUAAAAGGCAACAGAGAAUGGCGAGGCGCCAACACCGCCGUUUCUGUGGGCUCGACUCAUAUGCAGAGGAGGUUGCAUCAAAUCAUGUACGCCGAUCGUGACUAUGACGAUCAGAAUCCGGGCAGUGAUGCAACCGAACGAACCAAACCGUUUGUGACAGUCGAGAACUUCGUCGAAAAAGGAUACACUGUCGUCAACUUGAGAUGCCCCGAUCGCCCUAAGCUUCUGUUCGAUACGGUCUGUACCAUUACGGAUAUGCAGUACGUGAUUUCCCACGGCACCAUUAGCGCCGAGGGCCCCGAGGCUCAUCAGGAAUAUUACAUGCGGCAUAUCGACGGAUGCCCCAUCAGCUCAGAAGCUGAACGGCAGCGCGUGAUCCAUUGCUUGGAAGCGGCAAUAAAACGACGAACCUCCGAGGGAAUCAGACUCGAGCUAUUCGGCGACGACAGGGUAGGUCUUCUCAGCGACGUUACGCGCAUAUUCAGAGAGUACGGUCUUUCGGUCACCCGGGCAGAGGUCACGACGAAGGGCAAGCAUGCCGUGAACGUUUUCUACGUGGUCGACGCAUCCGGGGGCCCGGUACGACGGGAAACAAUCGAGGUUGUUCGAAAACAGAUGGGAAUGACGGCACUCGUCGUGAAGGAUGAGGUGCCCUCCGUUCCGCCCCCUCGACAGGCCCCCUCGAAAUUCUCUUUAGGUAAUCUCUUUCGCUCAAGUUCGGAAAAAUUUCUUUCUAAUUUAGGCCUAAGUAAGUCGGGAUCGUGAAUUAUCGACAUUGCUAGGGUCGGGAAUAGGAUCAAAUAGUGAUAAUUGGGUAUAUAUGAAGUAUCGGGAUUAAAUAUAUAUAUAUAUAUGUAAUGUGUAUAUUAUGUUAUAUAUAUAUAUAUAGGGAAAGUUACUAAAUAUUUGAUUUGCAGUUGGUAAUUGUUUGGAUUAUUUGAAAAGAUUUGGAGGGUUUUCCAAAUUGGUGAUUUUUACUUUUGCUUAUUAGAUUCAUGUGUGUGUGUGUAUGGGUCUCGGGUUUGUUUCUUUUGCCUAAAUCUCAUGUUUCUU